AUGGCGCCGUCCGAGGAUUCUAUUCUCAACAACUUUCUGCUUUCUCCGGCAUCCUUGCCGACAAUAAUCUCACUGCAGAAGUUUACAGAGCUUUUUCCAAGGCGCCUUCACUCUCACCCGCAGAUCAAAGUGCUGUAUCGUGAACUUCAGGAAUUGCGCUCUCAGGACAUGGAUGCUGUCACCGAGCACAUCCUCGAUGAAGUCAAAGAAGGCGCGAGGCAACGAGCAGAUUUACUACGAGCUGCCCGGGCGUCAGGCGUAGAUGGCUUUAAUGAUGAUGAUCGCCGCGAAAUGGACAUUGAUCUCCAGCUGUUUGGCCCAGCAUCCAACACUACUGAAACAGUGGGGUUUCAUCCCUACUCGAGCCUUAUCUCGGAGAUGGAAAACGCGUGUUCUACUUUGGAGCAGGAGAUUGAAGCCACUGAACAGGAUGCAGCCUCGACUCUAUCCGAAAUGAAAAAGACUGUUAGUGAAUUGAGUGAUCUUCGCUAUGGAAAAUUUAACAAGCCCGGCAUGACCGUUGAUGAUCUUGUGGGCGAAACUGUUCGAGGGCUCAAAAGCCUUCAAGGAGCUUGCGACCAUCAUUCCAACCACACAUAA